GCAAAUCACAGCAUACGAGCAUAGCACAAUCCGAUAGAACAUGGCGAAGAAGAGGAAAGUGGCGGCAGCAGCGACUACCGCUUCGCAGGAGCACGCACAGGGCCUCGACUUCGAUCCGCGCGAGUCCCGGAAGCGCAUUCAGACGUACGAGGACGUCGCCGGGUCUGACGAUGAAUUCCACCUGAACCACGACGAAAUUCACCUGGGCGAGGAGCCUGCAGCUAAACGGCGUCGCAAGAUUGCUGAGGACGAGGCCUUCCUAGAAGCUUCGGACGAAGAGGUGCUGGGCGAUCUCGGGGAAGAGGACGACGACGACUGGGACGACAACAAUGGCAGCUCUGACCUGGACGCUACAUCUGGCACGCAGCACUUUUCUGCGGCGGGCUCAAACGAUGGCGAUGGCGGUGAUGAUGAAGAUGGGCUGACGGGUUGGGGUACAUCAAAAGAUGCCUUAUAUGGCAACGAUGCAAUUGAGACUGAAGAGCAGGCGUUGGAGGAAGAGCAAGAGGCUAUUCGUCUGCAAAAACGACAGCUGCAACAGAUGCACGCUGCAGACUAUGGCUUCGAUGACGACGAUUGGCAGCAGGACCGCGCUGGCGAGGCGGGCUCCCACAACGUUGUAUCUGAGGUUCUACCUCAGCUGCAGAUCGCGCCAGACCUCGGCGUCGCCGAACGUCUGAAGCUGCUGAAGUCGCGAUAUCCCGAAUUUGAACCCUUAAGUAAGGACCUGUUGCAACUUCAGCACACCCAUGCUCAGUUACUGGACUCGGCGAGGACAUCGUCUGUCGCGCAGACGAAGCUGAGAGCUGCAUCCGCAUACCUUGGAGCACUGGUCAUGUACUUUUCGCUGCUCGCAUCCUCGGCGUCAUCGGGCGAUGGAGAAAUGGUCGCUGUCCCCGCAGCACAAUUGAGAGAACAUCCGAUCAUGAUGAGCUUAGUCAAGUGUCGGGAGCUCUGGACGAACGUGUCAGCUAUUCCAGAUCAGGCAUCUACGCAAGACUCGGACGUGCGGGAUAACAGCUCAGACGAGGUUGAGCUGGAAUCAAAUGGCAGCGAUGAGGCUAUGCUGGUUCAGCCUGUGCAGCCAACGACUCGCUCGUCCAGAGCACAGCGCCAUGCUGCUGCUGUCCAAUCGGCUGCAGAAGAAAGGAGGUUGGAACGGAUGAGACGUGCUGAAGCCGAUCUCGCUGAACUGGAUGCUUUGGUCGUACCCAAGACUAAGAGGGUGGCGAAGGCGUCCCGCGAGCCUCGCAUGGAAAGUGGCGGCUUAGAUCUGGGCGAAGAGGCUCCGCUCACUGCACGUGAAGCAGCCGACAAGGCGCAAAAGAAGAAGAGCCUCCGUUUCUACACCUCGCAGAUUGCUCAGAAAGCGAAUAAGCGUGGCAUUGCUGGUCGUGUUGCAGGCGGUGACGAUGAUAUACCACACCGAGAGCGAUUGAGAGACCGACAAGCACGUCUCAAUGCCGAAGCCGAAAAACGUGGCAAGCGUCCUGGAGAUGCCAUCGGCACAGCGCUCGGGGACGACACCGAUGAGGAAGACCACGCACAGGCGCACAACGUCCGUGCCCUCGCGGAGGACGAUGAGUACUACGACCUCAUUGCUGCGAAGACAAGUAAGAAGAAGAGCGACAAAGCAGCGCUUGCUGAGGCGCAACGGCAAGCUGCGCUGCAAGGAGGAGCAGUCGUGCAGCAGGAAACGAUGAGUGCGGAUGGCAAACGCAAAAUCACAUACGCCAUUGAAAAGAACAAAGGCUUGACACCGCAUCGCAAGAAGGAUGUUCGUAAUCCCCGUGUCAAGAAGAGAAAGAAGUACGACGAGAAAAAGAAGAAGUUGGCCUCCAUCAAGCCAGUAUACAAGGGGGGCGAAGGGCGAGGAGGCUACGGAGGUGAAUUGACUGGUAUCAAGGGGUCUUUGGUGAAGAGCACCAAAUUAUCUUGA